UGGAGUGGGUCUUCCUGGCGAUCAGCCAGGUCGAAAACCCCGAUGUAGCUGAUGUUCCCUUAUAUUUGGUUUGCUGUCUCGGCAGUAGUCUGAUGCAGGGAAUUUCGGUGAAGUUGGCGGGCCCUCUCCGGUCAAAUCCACUCACCUCACCUCCACGUGGGGCCCCUGGGACCCUGAACCGACUCGAUCGGGACAGGGUGCGAAAGAGUGAGUGGUAACACAGUUCCUGAAGAAAGAAGAUGCCCUCAAGUUUGUUAAUUCGAGGUUCCAAGAGUCUCAGAGGCUGAAGAUCGAGAGAAGAAAGAACGUAGGAACGUUUCUCGACUGCCGCGAGUGUCAGGAAAUCUUCGUCUGAACGAUUAGCCGUGAACAAUGAGUCGCAAGGCAGCUUUAUUAGAUGAAACGAACCGGCCCUAAUGCAUUCAAUUGGAGCAACGCCUCGUCGGGCUGAUGUGUCACUCGUACGCGUUUCCCCAACAGUUCGCUCUCGGGAAUAGAGUGGUUGCAACAGAUUCGCCCGCGUAGAACGGCUAUUUGCCCGUAAUUGAUUGAUUAAACGCAAACGCCUUGCACUUCGGACUACGUGGCGCGAUUUACCAGGUCAACGCGACGGAUUUCCACGCUUUUUUUCACCGUUUUCGUUUCGAAACGAUGGUGAAUGGUCGAUCGGAAGGAAGGACGCACGGAACAGGGAUCGUGCUCGAGAAUUCUCAAGAUCACGUCGUUUCUCUAUUGAAAUUACAUGUUCCUCCGAUGUUUCUUAAACGGAAGAGCCGGGGGGAUCGAUCGACUGGGAUGAAACCGUAAAAAAGGUUCCAGAAGAAGUCUCACUGGACCGGUUAGAGGGAUCGACCGAGAAACGCGGCAAUUCAAUCGUGUCACCGUACGAUCGCAAUGUCAGACGCGCGCAAAGAGACAAGUUUUUCAUUUCCAUGGAGGUGGUCAUCCAUAAGCGACGUAGCUGCGCUCGAGUGCCCGUUCAUAUCCUGCCCCACACUCUACGAUUAUGGUUAAAUGGGUUAUACAGACGGCAAAAAUGUUUAUUAACGUCCUCGCCGCAAGUUCCCUCCAGUCGCCAUUCGUUCGUCGCGUGUCAGCGUAGAUAAACUGCCUCCAUUUCUUUUUUUCUCUUUUUUUACUGGACACUUCGGACGUCCUGUUCCGGUAUCGACGAUUUUCAUGCAUUUUUGCGCAAACAAACCACCGCGAGAGGCCACCGGGAAUCCAUAUACGUAAGGGAAAGUCUGCUAAAACGGGAUACUUGGCGCUACCGAUUAGAAACGAGCUGUCGUCUCGUUUUAAAUCGUGUCAGUGUCUUCUACCGCGGGAGAAAACGCGUCGGGAACAAUCGGUGGAUAUCGCGAACGUUAAAAAGUUCGAACACGGAUAGACAAAGGCUCCGUUCGAUUCUUUCUCUAUCCUCGACGGAACAGGACGUACCUAAUUGCGUCACGCAUCCUGCGCGACGUCCUCUGCAUCCGAAAAUACUUCUGUGCACCGUGACUCACGAAUAAGCUUCCAGGAUCGGAACUUCAGUCUUGUUAAAAACUAUGAAAAUACAUUCGGCGCUAUCGAAAUCUAAUUUGACACAGUUGAAGUAUCUAGCUCGUUUGAUUUGGGGGGAAAAAAUAGGGAGGUCGUAAAUCACGACAACAGCGAAGAUAGUCGGGGAGGGAUUCCUUUGGUUCGAGUUACAUCGGACACGUUUCACCCUAAAGAAUCACUUAAGCGGUUAAUCUCGAAGACCAUUACGUUUUACAGCUUCGAGUAUCAUUACGACCGAGUGAUAAGAUUACGUGUAGCUACCGCGCUGCAUCGCCGGGCCGCGUGCAUCGUGCAAUACGAGACCACGCGUGCGUUCAACUUGGUCGAACGAUUGACCGAGUUUGACAGAAAUUUAUGCUCGAUGCACUUGUCGACCCUCGCGGGACGGUUAUCUCGCCGGGGGCAUAAAAAAGUCGGCACAAUUCGAUAGCCCCGGCGCGUCGAAAAGUCGAAACGCGAGCUUCGGUCGCGGAAGAGGCUGUUGCGUAACUCUCGGUGGCGGGAAACUCUCGCGUGGGAAAUCGUGGCUCGAAACACCCGCGUCCCGACUUUCUAGAAAAGAUUAAUGCUCCACCUGACAAGCUCAUCGGUUUUUUUUUUGUCUAGCCACUCGGGUAGAUCCACUCUGUCAUUAAGUCGACUGGGAGGCGAUAUUUUUUGUGUAUAAAUUGAUCGUUUUAGCGACCACUUGUAACCGAACGUGUUUAUUCAGAUCUUGUCGCAGGUACUCUUAAAAUUGAAUUAUUGUGAUUUAGAAAACACUACCCAGGCGCGUAAUUUGACUUGUAAAAUAUUUCAAUGAUCUCCGUGGAUGAGUAUUUGCGCGUGUCAGGAAGUAAUACUAGGCGAGUCAGCAAUGAAUCCUCGCUGCAUCUGUUCAAACAAGUUUGGUCAUUUAUUAACCCUGGCGCAAGUUCUGGUGUUUUCCCUUCGUAAUCGAUUCCCUGCCGGUCUGCUGAAGCAACAAAUCAUGCGCAAGGGAUCAAUAUUUGCAGCCAAUAAUCUGGAAUAGAGGAACAAACCUACGUCUAACCCGAAGGAAAACAAAUAAUUUGGUACGCGUGGUUAAGAAGCUUUGAAGAUAAUCGAGAGUUCACUGUACCCCGGUGAACAAUUUUUCUGAAUGGAUGUCUCAUGACAAUAAGGAGACCGCGAAAGUGGACUUGUAAACGACAAUGAAAGAAUCGUACGGUUAAAGCUACCUAUCGAACGGAUCACGAUGGCCACUCAACUUAUCAAACGGCGCUCGACGCUACGUCAAAUUAGAUUUCAUCGAUUCGUAAAAAAGUCAUGAAUAUCAAAAGGAUGAUCGAUAGCCAGGAAAGCUGAUUGAAUCGUCGUAUGAAUGACGGGCGUGGGCACGUGAAAGUGAGUCCCGGACGCUCCGUGGGAUGUUGCCCUCUUCUGAGGUGUGGUCCGAAUCGCGUGGGAUGUGCAACCGACUGGAUGGUAAUGACCUGGUUGACAAUGACGAGGCUAACCGUCAAAUUACAUGAAUCAUUCAUUUAUCAAGGGACGAUCGGAUUUCCUUGCCCGUCGUCUUUACCUCUUCCGUCUUCGCUUGGCCCACAUAAACCAGCCAUCUUCCGGACCCAAAAAUCACCAUCCACGUCGAGCAACUGGAUUCCUCUGCUCUUCAACCGGGGAGCGCCAUUCGUGCUAAACUACUAGAAUUAGGAGUACGAUACGAUGAAGAGUUACCAGAUUAUAUUUUAGUAAUGGUUGUAAAUAAAAAAUCUCGCCAGCAAAUGCACGAUGAUCUGAAUCUGUUUUUGGAAAGCUGUACAACACCGUUCGUCGAUUGGUUGCACGAUCAAGUAUUGAAAAAGUUACAGAAGGUCACUGUAGCAAAGAAGAAAUCAUUGAGAGAAUUUGUGCCUACGGUUGUUGUUAAGCAGGAAGAGGAAAGGAAGAAGAAAAAAUCAUCUACAACCUCCUUCUUGGACGAUCAGGUCAUUAUUCCAGCUAUAGACAAGCCUUCUAAUAAAAGUGUAAAGGAUGACAAGUCUGUCAAUAAACAAAGCAUGAAACCGUCUGUGUCUAUUCAGAAGUUGGACACAGUUCCAAUUAAAAUUAUAGAUAAGUCCGCAAAGAGUGCAAAUCAUGAGAAUAAAUUGGACAGCGGGAUAAAUCAUAGUGUUCCUCAACAGUCUUUGACAAGAAGAAUGCAAUCAAAUGAUAAUCAAAAUGGAAAUACACCUAAGGAUAUAUCCGUCUUUGAAACUUCCAACAUUAAAUCUGGAGAGUCUCAUGUCGAAUCAGAAGUGGAUAAUACAUUGUCUAGAAGUCUAAAAAGGCCAUUGGAAACGUCAAAUAAUUAUCGUGAUAAUUUAGAGAAGAAACAAAUUGAAAUAAAACGAUCAAAGAUCGAAGGGGAGGAAGAAACGGCAACAGAGGACGGUACAAAGAAAUUGAAGUCUUGCGUUAAUAAACCAAAGGUUACCUCUGUUGUUUCUGUUAAAACUCGCCUUGGUAUAACAUCACCUAGAAAGAAAUUCGAAGUUCACAGAGAAAAAACGGACAACGAGAGUCGUUACAAACAGAACGAGAAGCGCGUCGAGAAGCAUCGUUUCGAUAAUACUCGCAACAAUAACUUUCAGAAAGGACGAAACUUCGAUAUGGACGAACGUAUUAAGAGAAACCGUGAAACUGAAUUGAAACAUAAUGAAUUGGACAAGGCUGGCGAUAUUAAGAUUCGAUUAUGCAAUUCCAAAGUGGAGAAAGUACCUAAAAGUAUAGAGUUAAGAGAGAAGGUGAAUGUUAAUUUAAAAUCAAAAUCGAUAGAGAAAACGACGGGCACGAUUAAAGAUCGUUUAGGGAUUGCGAGUAUCAAUAAAUUGCAAAAGCAAUUAGGGAGUAAAGAACCGCCGGAGUUUAAGAGCAAACUUCUAGAGCAGGAUCGUGAUACCUUAAGUAACAAUAAAAACAUAAAAAAUAGAUUGGGACCAUUAAAGAAUAAUUUUAGGUCGGUAAGCAUUAAGGCUGGUUUCAAUUCGGCGAUCAGACGAUCCCAGAGCAGCGAGGAUGACGAUUAUUUGAAUCUGGGCGCGGAAGAAGAAUUGGACGAUGUCGAGCAAACCGCGGGAAAUUCCGGACCUAUCAAAUCCCACAUAAUAGCUGUAAAUAAAUCCGCGCCGAUCAAGACUGAAAGAAAACGAUUAAAAUUGUUGGAUAAAACGAGCAAAGAGUCCAGCGACGCGGAAGAUAUCGAUGAUACUAAGAUACCCAGCAAAGUAAUCGUAACACCAAGACCUUUGAAACCGCUACAGCCUACGCAAAAACGUGCUACACAGUCGCUUCUGUUGAGAGCUGUCGCGGAGGCCAACCAGUCUGUCGUUACGCAAAAGAAUCCGGAACCGUGUUUGUUGGAUAAAAAACAAACGUUGAAACGUCUUAAACCUGCUGCCGUUCGAGACGUGGGUCAAAAUUUAUCGGUUCACCUUAAUUCCAACAAGAGAUUCGUCAUGGAGAAGAUACAAGUUGAAUUGAAUACGGAUGUUACGGAAACAAAAUCGAAGUCUUAUGUACAUCAAUCGGUUACCGACGAACACAUGGGGGUUGUAAUGUCAUUGUUUCAAAGGAGCGACGACAACCAGAAAUUUUUGGUCACACUGAACGGAUACAAUAAUAAUCUUACGAAGGAGAAAACGGCGUCCGAUGACGACGAACGUUUGGAAAUGGAGGUAAAUGAAGACGAUGAACUUGUGCUUUUAACAACACAGAAUGAUGUGUAUGCUCAGAAUGAGUCAGAAACAUCUGUUUUUCAAGUAACCGAAAUGGAAGAUGAGGAGGACGCGAGUGGAAAAGAAAGAGCGGAAGAGAAUAACGAAAAUUGUAACACCGAGAAUGUCGAGAAGACUACCGAGGAGGUACCGAGAAAGAGAAGAAAAUUAAGUCCUAUUGUGUAUAACAGAUCUCAUUCGCCCAGCCCAGCGGACGCCAAGUCCAGCACGAUACCAGCGAAUCCAAUAUUAACCAAACGUUUAGACAAGAAGCCAUUAACCGAAAAUGCAGUAACAGUUAUAGACAAGUCGAAGGAGAAGUGUAGAUAUUGGCCAAAUUGUACGUUAGGAAAUAAGUGCGCGUAUCUUCAUCCGCUCGUUAUGUGCAGUGCGUUUCCUGCGUGUAAAUUCGGAGACAAGUGCGCUUACAAACACCCGAAAUGCAAAUUCGGCUUAUCGUGCACCAAGUUGGGAUGCGUGUUUUCACAUCCCGCUCAACAGUGCAAGUAUCAUCCGUUCUGCACCAAACCGGCUUGCCCGUAUUCACAUCCGCCGCCAGUGGCCGUCGAAACGACGAGUCAAAGAGCGAAAUUCACAUGGCGCAGACGAGACUGAGCCACAACAUUGUACAGAUAUACAAAUUCCCCCUCCCUCUAGCGUUAGGUCAACCAAAAUAUUGGACAGGGAUACAAUCACGAUCUGAACAUUCCGUUUUCAACAAAGCGAGAUUUAAGGGGUUACUACAGAACACGGUAGCUUUUGAUCAUUUUUAUGUCAAGUAUUUGUCCAUUUGUCUCCCUCGAAAUCGUACAAGUUUUGUCCAAAACGGUAUACCCAAUCACGUAGAGUCGCUCCGUCUGGGCUAAUGAGAAACGCGAGCUAAUUAGUAACAAAACUAUGACGCAAAUAAUGGUUGUAUCAAGUUGAAGCGAUGUGUCUACAAAAUGGCAUAUCAAACUAUAAUAAUUGUAGUAAAUAUUUUCACACUUUAAAGACAACCGAGUUGAGAUUAUGUUUCGUUUGUUCUGUUAUGUAUCGUAAUAAAGUCGUAUAGGUCUGUGUUUUACCAAAUUGAUGUGCGCUAUUUUAAUUUUUUUUCGUGUUACGAUGGAAAAUGACUUAUUUUUUAGCCUGUCGUAAUGUCGUACCCCCUUAAAAGUGAUAACGAGAUUUCUAGAAAUGUAUCAGUAGAUCAAUACUGCCAAUUGCGCUGGGACGCAUACUCGAAAACUCUCAUUUUUUCACUCAGGAAUUUAUUAAAUGUUUUAAUUAUCCCCGAAGCUUUGUAUCGUGUUGUCGCUACGUAUUACCGAGAAGUAGGGUAACCGUGACAAGUUUUAUCUGACCGGACAUGUAUUUUGUGUACGAUUUAUUCAUAAUGUGAAAAUUGUUUGCGAUGAUAUCCCUGUCCAGAUGGAAAAGCGAUGUUCUAGUUUGUACAGAAAGUACCAUUCUUCCACGAGAAGAAAACUCGUCGUGUUUAGAUCUCCACCUCCUGUUGCAGUCCGCUGACUCACAGGUAUUGGUCGAAAACGGUGACGAAGUACGGUGACAGCCAAUCAGCGGGCUGCAGCAAGAGUGGGGAUGUAAAGA